AUGGCUGCUCCUACCUCCACCACGCAGAGCCCCGGCGACAAGGUCUCCAAGACCACAGAGAUCCUCGAAUCAAUCCUACUAGAGGUCAACGACAUGCAAACCAUCCUCCUCAGCCAACGCGUUAGCAAGAGCUUCAACGCCACCAUCCAUGGUUCCUUCAAGCUCCGACGCAUCCUCUGGUUCGAGCCCACACCAUCAGCAGAACAGGAUGAGAGCUUCCCCAAGAUCAACCCACUUCUCGCCAAGUGCCACACCAACGCCAACAUACAAGUGCUCACCACCGGCAUCAUGGCUCAGAACCGCACCGACAUGUUAGGCAACUACAACUACGUCGAGGUCCGCGUCAUGGCCAGAAAGGACGAGAGCAGCUGGAUGCGGAUGCUGCCAUUCCAGAUCGAGCUGAAGGGCAAGUGGGCAUUGGCUUGUCCUUUCGUUUGUGACGAGCGUGAGGGACGUGAGCAGCCGGCCAAGUGGACCUUCCGUGAUGAGAAGGAUGACAUCUGGUUGGCACCGGAGCAUUCCGAGGAGUACGUGGGCAAGGGUGUGUGGAUUACGAAGUGUACAAUGCUCGGACAGGUGAAGAAGCUGAUGACCAUCAGAGAGAUGUUCGAAGCUGCGGACAAUGGCGUGGUGGCGGAGCGUGAGCCUCGACUCAGUUUGUAG